UAACAUUAACAAAAACCCUAUCGCCGCUCUGUUUCAUAUUCUGCUUCCACUCAAAUUACACCUAAAUAAAUAAAAUCUCUUACACUCCGCCCGACCGCCGUCAUCCCUCGCCGCUGGUUACGGAUUCAGAUUUUAGACUUCUGCAAUUGAAAAAUACCGACACUUGUUAGAAUUAGGGUUUUGAUUGCAAGUGAUGGAUGAUGUAUGUGAAGGGAAAGAUUUCUCAUUCCCCAAACAAGAAGAGAAGGUCUUACAAUGGUGGACAGAAGUCAAAGCGUUUGAGACCCAACUUGAAAAAACCAAAGAUUUACCCGAAUACAUUUUUUACGAUGGGCCUCCAUUUGCCACUGGACUUCCUCACUAUGGUCAUAUCUUAGCUGGAACAAUCAAGGAUAUUGUCACACGGUACCAGACCAUGACGGGGCACCAUGUUACACGGCGGUUCGGUUGGGAUUGCCAUGGGCUGCCGGUGGAGCAUGAGAUUGACUUGAAGCUCGGGAUUAAGAGCAGAGAGGAUGUGAUGAAGAUGGGAAUUGAUAAGUAUAAUGAGGAAUGUAGGAGUAUUGUUACUAGGUAUGUUGGUGAGUGGGAGAAGGUGAUUACGAGGACCGGCAGAUGGAUUGAUUUUAAGAAUGAUUAUAAAACGAUGGAUUUGAGUUUCAUGGAGAGUGUAUGGUGGGUGUUUUCAGAGUUAUUUAAGAAGAAUCUAGUUUAUAGAGGUUUUAAGGUGAUGCCAUACAGUACUGGCUGCAAGACUCCACUGUCUAAUUUUGAAGCUAAUUCAAAUUACAAGGAAGUGCCUGAUCCUGAAAUUAUGGUUAGUUUCCCAAUCAUUAAUGAUCAAGAUGGUGCCGCAUUUGUUGCAUGGACUACAACUCCAUGGACUCUCCCAAGUAAUCUUGCACUUUGUGUCAACUCCAGUUUGGUAUAUGUGAAGGUGAAGAGCAAGUCCAAUGGGAAAAUAUAUGUAGUUGCUGAAUCUCGUUUAUCAGAGCUUCCAGUAGAAAAGCCAAAAAAAGGAACACCUAAUGGAGCUGUGGAUGACAAUUCAAUUCUUAAACCCAAGGGAUCUACUGGUGGAAAAGUAAAAACUUCAGUGGUUGCUUAUGAAGUGUUGGAUAAGUUUCCAGGAUCUUCACUUGUGGGUAAAAAGUAUGUCCCAUUAUUCGAUUACUUUAAGGAUUUCACAGAAACGGCAUUCAGAGUUGUCGCAGAUGAUUAUGUAACUUCUGAUAGUGGAACUGGGAUUGUGCAUUGUGCUCCAGCAUUUGGUGAAGAUGAUUAUCGCGUUUGUAUCAAUAACAACAUAAUCAAGAAGGGAGAAAAUCUGGUUAUGCCAGUUGAUGACGAUGGGAACUUUACACAGAGAAUUACUGAUUUCAGUGGUCGUUAUGUUAAAGAGGCUGAUAAAGAUAUUAUUCAAGCAGUGAAGGAAAAAGGCAGGCUGGUGAAAACUGGAAGCUUUACACAUUCAUAUCCCUUUUGCUGGAGAUCUGAUACACCUCUCAUCUACAGAGCAGUUCCCAGCUGGUUUGUUGCAGUAGAGAAGUUGAAAGAUAAAUUGCUACAGAACACCGAGGAAACAAAAUGGGUUCCCACUUUUGUAAAGGAAAAACGCUUUCACAAUUGGCUGGAAAAUGCAAGAGAUUGGGCUAUUAGUCGAAGUAGGUUUUGGGGUACUCCUCUUCCCAUAUGGAUUAGUAAGGAUGGCGUGGAUGUUGAAGUGAUUGGCUCUGUUGAAGAACUUGAAAGGCGUUCUGGAGUGAAGGUCACUGACUUGCAUCGCCACAAAAUUGAUCACAUCACAAUUCCUAGCCCACGUGGUCCAGAAUUCGGCGUGCUUCACCGUGUAGAGGAUGUAUUUGACUGCUGGUUUGAGAGUGGGUCCAUGCCUUAUGCAUAUAUCCACUACCCUUUUGAAAAUGAAGAAUUUUUCACUAAGAACUUUCCUGGACAUUUUGUGGCUGAGGGGUUAGAUCAGACUCGUGGAUGGUUUUACACUCUCAUGGUCCUGUCUACAGCAUUAUUUGACCAACCUGCAUUCAGGAAUCUCAUAUGCAAUGGCCUUGUUUUGGCGGAGGAUGGUAAAAAGAUGAGUAAAAGAUUAAAGAACUAUCCUUCUCCCAUGGAAGUUAUUGAUGAUUAUGGUGCUGAUGCGCUACGAUUAUACAUCAUAAAUUCUCCAGUUGUGCGUGCAGAACCUUUACGUUUUAAAAAAGAUGGAGUCUAUAGUGUUGUCAAAGAUGUAUUUUUGCCAUGGUACAAUGCGUAUAGAUUUCUUGUUCAAAAUGCAAAAAGACUUGAGGUGGAGGGUCUUGCGACAUUUGUUCCUCUUGACCGAGCCACUCUUCUUAACUCAGAUAAUGUGCUUGAUCAGUGGAUUAACUCAGCCACUCAGAGCCUGGUUCAUUUUGUUAGACAGGAAAUGGAUGCUUAUCGACUCUAUACAGUGGUUCCUUAUCUUUUGAAGUUCAUUGACAAUUUAACUAAUAUAUACGUGAGAUUUAACCGAAAAAGAUUGAAAGGCCGGACUGGAGAAGAGGACUGCAGGACUGCACUUUCAACCCUCUACCAUGUGCUUGUAACUUCUUGUAAAGCAAUGGCUCCAUUUACACCGUUCUUUACUGAGGUUCUUUAUAAAAACUUGAGGAAAAUAUCGAAAGGAUCAGAGGAAAGUAUCCAUUUUUGUAGUUUUCCUGAAGUUGAAGGGAAGGGCGGGAAUCGGAUUGAACAAAGUGUUAAUAGAAUGAUGACAAUCAUCGAUUAUGCACGUAAUCUACGUGAACGUAACAAUAAACCUCUAAAAACUCCACUCAAGGAGAUGAUUGUCGUACAUUCGGAUGUUGAGUUUCUUGAUGAUAUUACUGGGAAACUGAAAGAGUAUGUGUUAGAAGAGCUCAAUGUUAAAUCUAUUGUCCCAUGCAAUAAUCCUUUGGUAUAUUCUUCCUUGCAUGCUGAACCUGAAUUCAGUGUUUUGGGUAAAAGACUGGGAAAAUCAAUGAGAGUUGUUGCAGAUGCAGUGAAGGCAAUGUCUCAAAAAGAGAUUUUAGCAUUUAAAGAAGCAGGGGAAGUUACUAUUGCCGGUCACUGCUUAAAGCUCACUGAUAUCAGCGUUAAGCUUGUCUUUAAACGUCCUGAUGGUUUGACAGUAGAGCAAAUGGAUGCACAUACUGAAGGUGAUGUCAUGGUUAUAAUGGACUUGCGCCCUGAUGAUACGUUGAUCGAAGCUGGUUUUGCACGCGAGGUUGUUAACCGUGUCCAGAAGUUAAGGAAAAAGUCUGGACUUGAACCCACUGACUUGGUGGAGGUAUACUUUACAUCAUUGGAUGAAGACCCAUCAGUUUCUGCCAAAAUGAUAAAAUCCCAGGAAACUUUUAUCAAAGAGGUGCUAGGCUCUUCGUUACUUGACUUCAGCAUGAUCCCAACACAUGCUGUUAUCAUUGCAGAGGAGACCUACAAGAACAUUUCAGACUGUGAUUUCAAGAUAAUUUUGUCAAGAGUAGCAUUAAUGUUCAAUGAGAAGGCAAUCGUUGAAUUAUAUGCAGGGAAUACAAAUUAUGCCCAAGCAUUGCAGGUAUAUUUGCUGUCCAGGGACCAUGGGAAUUUAAAAUCAGAAUUCCAACAGGGAAAUGGGAAGUUGACAGUGAGUUGCAUUGAAAAUCUGCCUGUCGUCGAUGUGGUAUUGGGUAAACAUCUAUUCUUUACUGUUGGGGAUUAUGCUGCAGUUACCAAUUCUAUGUGAUAAUUGCUUUAUAGAAUUUUUGGUCAUCAGUUUGACAAUUAUCAAAAAAAAAGAGAAUCAUUACUAUACGAUGUCAAGGUUUCUAAGUAGAUCUCCAGUUAGUUAUAUUGUCUUAGAUCAAAGAAGACAAGAGGAUUGAAUUUGUUUUUUGUAAGUACUCAAAGAAAAGAAGAAACCUAAUCUUAGUCCAA